AUGUUGUUAGGUUUCACUAGACUCGAGAAACCAAGGAGAGCAGCUCAUACGCAUUGGAUACUAUUCGCCUUGGUUGUGGGCACCAUCUUGGCAUUGUUUGCCAUGGUGGAUAGUUUCUACCUGCACCUAUUUAAAUCAGCACAGAGACAAGAGCAGCAGCAAUGUGCCAUGAGCUAUGCAUAUCCCACUUUUACUGAGAUUACAAAUAAGCCGAAUUCAGCCCUGUCAGCCAAAUACAAGCUGUACCUGUACCGUGAGGGCUAUUUGGAUGGACCUGAUCAGUUGUAUGGCGUGCCUGCAUUGUUCAUCCCAGGUCAGGCAGGAAGUCAUAAGCAAAUACGAUCCUUGGCUUCGACAACAACACACUUGUAUUAUGAUGGAAAAUCAGACCGAAAUAUAGAUUAUUUUACCGUCGAUUUGAACGAGGAGCUGUCAGCUUUAAGUGGACAAACAUUGCUGGAUCAAGCAGAGUACAUGAACCAAGCGGUGGCAAAAAUACUGUCCUUGUAUGAACAUCAUCCCAACAGACCAACAUCUGUCCUCAUCAUAGGCCAUUCUAUGGGCGGCCUUGUAGCGCGCACUAUGUUUAUGCUACCAAGCUAUAUUCCCAACAGCAUCACCAACAUGAUCACGCUUGCUACGCCUCAUACGGCAGCUCCACUCCUACUAGACGCUGCUAUUUACAAGACCUACAAGAGAUUGACUCAGUUUUGGACAAACAACAAAUUUGACAACCUUACCUUGAUAUCUAUCGCUGGAGGAUGUUUGGAUAGCAUUGUCCAUUCUGACGGUGUCAACACAGCUAGUUUUAUACCAGCUACCCAUGGAUUCACCACAUACACGACAUCCAUUCCAGGCGUCUGGACAGGCACAGAUCAUAUGGCAAUACUGUGGUGUAAUCAAUUCAUUCGUAUAUUAGCUUCAACACUAUUAGAGACGGUACAAGUAGCAUCGGUAGAGGAGCGUAUGCAAAUUUACAAGCGUAAUCUGUUGAAUGGUAGAGAUGAUUCCGUGAUUAGCCGUCAGAACACAAAUGUGGAAGUGAAUGAAGUGGAAAUCAAGGCAUUAGAAAACACAACCAGCCCUAUUCUGUUCAAUAUGCAGCAAAAGACAAUGACACUGAUAGAAUCUCCAGCAUCAAAGCUACAACUGCUGACAAAUAUCCAUAGAAGCGAUGAUAAUUGCUGGUCAAUCGUCCAAUGUCAUGAUGGAAACAACUGCAAAUAUACCGUGCCUCAAGUGACAGUCUUGCUAUCAGCCUCUGCAGAAAACUUGAUCGACUCUACACCAUUCCGCCUACUCAGCAUUGACACUAUCAGCAGUAAUUUCAUUGGUAUUAUCCAGCACUGCCAAAUGCCAGUAGACACAUUUAUCCAACUAUACCAAGACACACCUACUAUACAUAAAAACAGCGUCUGGAGCAUUAUGCGAAGCGGGGUGUUCUUCACUGUGGAUCCCCUUCACGCAACGCAUGUGUUUCCACUAAUUCGCAACUCACUUUUUGCCUUCGAUGUCAAGGUAGCUUCACUGACAGGUCAAGGCCUUUACAAACCAAUGAUGAAACAAACUAUCAACAAUGUAGAAACCAAAUAUUACCGCCAUUUAGAGGCAAAUCAAUCUGAGAGAAUCACAUUCCAUCAAGAGGUAGACACAAAUCACCAGGGCUUAUUGCUUCAGUUCUUUACAGAUAGACAAGCCAUGGAUAUUGAAAUCAAGCUGGACUGGUAUGGUACUUUGGGUAGAUGUGUGCUUCGCUAUGGCGCUAUUCUGGCCAACUUUCUCUGGGUAUCUUCCCUGAUGAUUCUCUUGACGCAGGCCAAUACAUAUGCUCUCAAUGGAAAGCGUGAAUUUGUUGCUUAUCCGAUCGCAAUAGUGCAAUGUGUCAAGGGACCCUUCUUACAACUCAUUGCUUUACUCAUCAUUACAGUAGCCAUCAUCAGCUGCUUGCCAGUUGACUCUUCAAUAGUCAGUCUAUUCGUAACAAAAUACAUGCUGUUUGGCAGUAAUGAUUGGCUAUUUGGCGGCUUAUUGGUUCUAACAUUUGCACUGAGUGUUGGUCUGAAUGCUGUCAUCUGGCUCUUGGUAUCACUCUUGACUCUGAUCCUCAGCACACCAAUGCAAUUCAUGCGUUCCAGUGAUGUGUCCACAUCAGUUACAUCGACACGGUUCCUUGUCCAUGUGGGUAUCGUUGUUGGAUUACUCAGUUUCCUCCCCUCAGCCGUAAUUUUCACACUGUAUUUCAGCUUUUGGUUAUUAUUGACAUGCUCUGCUCGCAAUGCUGCUCGCUCUGAUCUGCCAUUGUUCCAAAACAUCUACAAGUAUAGACAAUCAUGGCUCAUCUUUCUGAUCUCCCUUUUACCAUAUUAUAUUCCACAUCUCAUUGUGUUCAUCAAGAACAUGCUGAUCGGCUGGACAUACCAACUACCAGAGUCUAAGCUCACUCUUGUUCAAGAUGUCCCUGUGCUCAUGACAUUGGCAUUCUUGGUAACUGUAGGCAGAAAUCCAGACGUAACCAACUCAAGAUACCUCACACCUACCAUCUAUAUUUUAAACUGUAUCAUCACCUACCAAAUGCUAUUUGGAUUCCUACACCCUUUCAUAUUAUCUCAUUUCAUCUAA